UUUUUAGAAUGUCCUAUUGGAAAAUUUCGCUCCAAGGAAGUUAAUAUAUGUGUGCCAUGCCCUUCCAACUCCAAUGCCCCAAAAUCAGCUUCAGGGUUUUGUAAAUGCCUUCCUGGUUUCUAUCGACAUCCAUACGAUGGAAAGCAUAUGCCUUGUUAUAAACCGCCUGGACCUCCCACAAAUCUCACACUGUUAUUUGUUGAUCAAACGAGUGCAAUUCUAUCUUGGAAUACUCCCACGAAAGAAGUUUCUGAAUCUUCACCUCAUGUUAAACUAAAUAAAUAUCGCAGUGACGUUGUUUACAAAGUACGAUGUCUUUCGUGUUCAUCGAAUGUUGUGUACAAUCCAGCAUCAGACACGUUUAAUGAAACAAAAUUAACUUUAACGAAUUUAGAACCCGUAACAACAUACACCAUCCAAAUUCAUUCAUUGAACGGAAUUUCAUAUUUAGUGGACUCUGACAAUAACGGCAAUGAAUCUUUUGAUCAGCACAAUAAUUCCAUAAAUAUGGGUUAUAGUGAAGUAUUUUCCGAAAAUGCACUUGCAAAUAAUUUAAAAUCGUCGGGCAGUCUUGCUAACAGCCAACCUUACGAUUUAAGCCAAAUAAAAACGGAGUAUGCCGAAAUCAUAUUCACAACAGAAUCCGCUAUUCUUUCGACUGUGUUCAACGUUCGCGUUGUUUCAACAACAAGUAAAGAAGUCGAUCUCGUUUGGGACAAACCCGUGCAAAGCGAUUCUCCUAUUGAAUUUUAUGAGGUGCGCUGGUUUCCCAAACCAGAAUUGGAUGCAAUAAAUAAAACUGCUCUAAACACCAAGGACACAAAAGCACACAUUGAAGGAUUGAAUGAAAAUACAGAAUAUGGGUUUCAGGUGCGCUGCAAAACACUGAACGGUUAUGGUACUUACAGUAAUAUAGUUUAUGCGCAAACACACCAGGGUGUCAGUUUAGGUUAUGAGGAUUCUAUCCAUAUGCGCAUUGUUGCUGGCGCCACUGUUGCUGUUGUAUUCAUAUUAGUAUUGGUUAUUGUUGCUACAGUCCUGUUUUUACGUUCAAAGAACCAAGAUGACCUUGAUAAGAAAUCCAGCAAUCAUUUGCCUCUUCCAUUAGAUUAUACCAGCAAUGAAGGUAUGUAUACAAUUUUCAAUACAAUAACUUAAACUUUCACGUUUGAGCAUUUAAGAACAUAAUU